AUGGCCGUUGCUCGCUCAAUGCGUCGCACGAGCCCAAUCACCAUCUUGCUCGCCGCUAUCUUGGCGUUUGGCUUCAUCUGUUUUAUGAUCUCUCCAUCAUCCCCCGCCACUCCCGAACCCGCUACCUCACAACAACGUCAAGAAAACGCAGCAGAACAUCCUCUUUCACCUCCCACCAAACCCUUCUUCAAAUCCCAAGCCAUCCGACCAGAUGGCCACAAGGCCGCGCCACCCGUCGUCCAUUACGACCUCAACGCCCUCACCAGCACCUCCCACUCCGCCGCAAAUGGCGAGCGCCUACUGAUCCUCACUCCACUGGCGCGCUUCUACACCGAAUACUGGGACAAUUUGGAAAAGCUCAGCUACCCACACGACCUCAUAUCGCUAGGCUUCAUAGCGCCAAAAACAGCCGACGGAAAUGCCGCGGUUGCGAAGCUCGAAAAGGCAAUCGCCAAGACGCAGUCCGGUCCGAUCGAUAAUCGCUUCGCAAGCAUUAGCAUCCUGCGCCAAGACUUUGAGCCUCCUUUGAAAUCGCAGGAUGAAAAAGUACGACAUUCGAUGUCCGCUCAGAAAGCGCGCCGGGAAUCAAUGAGCCGCGCGAGGAAUAGUCUUGUCUUCACGACACUCGGUCCGGCCACUUCUUGGGUGCUUUGGCUGGAUAGUGAUGUUGUCGAGACUCCUAGGACACUCAUUCAGGAUCUGACGGGGUAUGAUCAGCCUGUUGUUGUUCCGAAUUGCUUUCAGCGGUUCUAUGAUAAAAGCAAGAGGAAGUGGGAUGUCAGACCGUACGAUUUCAAUUCUUGGAUCGAUAGUCAGACGGCUCAGAAUAUGGCUGAGACAAUGGGGCCUGAUGAGAUUUUGCUGGAGGGAUAUGCUGAGAUGCCGACGUAUCGCACGCUCAUGGCGUAUCUGCCUGAUAUGAAGAACCUUGAUACUAGGAAGAUGGUUGCUUUGGAUGGCGUCGGAGGUACGGCUCUAAUGGUCAAGGCUGAUGUGCACCGCGAUGGCGCCAUGUUCCCUGCUUUUCCCUUCUUCCAUCUUGUCGAGACUGAGGGCUUUGCCAAGAUGGCGAAGAGGCUGGGAUACGAGGUCAUUGGUGUUCCAGAUUACUUCGUAUAUCACUAUAAUGAGUAG